AUGGCUCACAUAACGAACAAUUCCGAAGAUACAACGAUGAAUAAUAAUCUACAGAGUACUCCAAGUAAUUCUGAUGAUUCAACUGCAAAUGAUAAUGUAGCAGCGACCUAUUGUCGUAUUUUGAAUGUUGCCGAUGGCGCUUCGUUACCUGCUAUUCAACUAAAAGACGGUAGCUCAGUGCAAUCGGGUACUGUUGCUGCAAUGCUAAAAAAUAUUGAACGAUUCAAUAAGGGAGAAAACAAAAAAGAUGAUGAAGCUCGAAUUGAACUUGAACGAUCCUGA